ACUAAUCGUUGAAAUAUGUACUAGAACGCUGGGUUACUCAUAUCAUUGCAACCUCGCCAUGAAACUUAUAACUCUGAGUUUCUUUAUUGUUAUACUGGACUUGGAAACGAGUGAUGCUAAGGGAAUGACUGAAGAGCAGAAAAAAGAUAUUUUUACGACAUUGGAAUGUUUAGACAAGAAAGCUACUGGAAGUACAACAUACGAUGAGCUAAAUAAAUGUUUAGAAAAUGUAAACAAACAAGUCAGUGAGGAUGAAGCCAAAACAAUGAUUAUUCAGACUGACACUAAAGGAAACGGGAUCGAACCUAUGAAGAUCGACGUAUCGAAGCUAAUGAACCACGUUUUUGGAACUACUUGGAAAACAUUCGAACAAGGAAUUGUUGAAGCAUUUUACUUGUUUGUUGGUCAUAACAAAGACAAACUAAUUGAUGAAGAUGCAUUAGAUGCUGGUUUGAAGAAAUAUUUUCCGGAAGAUUAUAUUCCUGGACUGGCCCAAACACUGAUCGAGGAGGCAGACUCGGACAACGACGGGAAGUUAAACAAAGAUGAAUUUAUUAGGGCCAUGCUAAGACCGUAUAACCUAAGACAGUAUAACCUAAGACAGUAUAACCCACCGCCUCCUAAACCCCCUUCCAAAUUAAAUAAAAUGUUCAAGUGGGCAGGAAGACGAAUCUUUUCCUCAGUGGCGAAAGAACCCAAAAGCUAGAAAUCUUGCAUACCAAACAUCAAGACCACAUCACACCUUUUAUUAGAAAAUAAAAAGAAAAAACUGUUUAUAAAAUU